UUGGUCGUUACCGUUUUCGGAGAAAUACGGUAUUGCGGUAAACAGUCGGGAGCAGUAAAACACCAAUUUUAUUUGGACCAUGCCCAUCCGAUACUUCUCCUUCCCCUUGCCUGAGACAAGGUUCUUUCAGGCUGAGCAACAUGUUUACAAGUUCAAAAUCAGGGUUGGCAGCAACUGCAGUGAAGUGGAUAUGAUAGGAGAACAGUUUGUGAACGAGGAGUUAGAGAAUGCCAUCAGAGCAGUACUAGCCAACCUCAACUGCCUCCAGCCCUUUACAACCACACAUUUUACUAUAUACCCCUACAAGAGCAAGUGGAUGAGAGUUUCUGAGCUGAGAUUUGAGAAGUUGUCAGGAGAGAAGCUGUUGGCCUACCCCUACCUCAUCACUCUUUAUCUAGAAACCAACACACAAACUGCGAAGUGCGUUGAGGCAACCCAGACAGCAAGUCUUCCUGAGGCCAAACCCAAGUGCAGUAGGACAGAACAACCACAUAGAGGCACCACAAUCCCACAAAACAGAUGCUCAGACAAUCUUACCAUGCAGGGACCACAUCUUAAGAUAAAUGAGGAACUUCUCAGACAAAGGAAAACAAAGUCGGUGGAUGAUAAGACAGAGUGGGUGAUAUCAGCUAGCCUCAACCCACAGAGUGCAGUUGGGAGCUCUGUUACAGAUGGCAGUGAGGCCAAGGGAGUCACCAGAAAUCACGAAGACAAAGAGUUGCAUUAUGGGACUGUUGAGGAGAGCGAUCUGGAGGAACCAAAUCUUAGUCCUGACCUUGAUCCUAAACCAUCAGUGAGAUCAGGUGUACUGGCCCGCUUUGUCAGGCCACCGUCCUCCUUUGUCGUCAUGUCUCAGUGUAUGACCUCUAACCUCUGUGUACUGAUGCUGCUGCUGACCCUGACGCUGCUGUCUCAGUUCAGCUUCAGCUACGAGGGGCUCAACCCAGGACCUGGCUGCCAUCUAUUCCCAUUUAACGUUACCAUACGAAGUGACCGGCGUGGAACUUGCAAGGGAACCCAUGUUGUGUACGCCUGCGUUGGGUACUGUGAAUCCAGUGCAUUUCCCUCGCGCUACUCUGUCCUAGUAGCCUCAAAUUUCACUCACAACAUCACCUCAGCAUCAAGGUGUUGCACCAUAAGCAAGGACGCAAAGAUCAAAGUCCGUCUGGACUGUCCUCGCGGACGUCACCAUGAUGACAUUGAGAUCCUGACGGCGCGGGCAUGUCGCUGUGACAUGUGUCGCAAAUCACGCUACUGAUGUGCAUUUGCAGCUGGGGCUAC